AUGAAUGCCGUGGUUAUCGAGGAUGUGACCAAGAUGAUCUUUGUGCUUUGGGUCAAUGUCAUCUCCGGUACGUUGCAGGCGCCACUGUACAACCAAACCAUCGACUUUUGCGAGUUUCUCAAGAACCCGAGCGUACAUCCGCUGGGUCAAAUCAUACAUCGUGAGGUCAAACGCAAUGGAAACAUGCCCCGCAAAUGCCCUAUCACUGUCAAUCUGUACGCGUUUUACGGCAUACCGAUGAGUGGCAUACGAUUGCCGAACUUCUUUCCGGAGGCAGAUUUUAUGCUACAAAUAUCCGUCGGCUUAGCUAGCGAGAUGAUCUACGAUGGCCGGCUUUACGGAACGAUCAAGCGAAUACAAUGUUCCAGAGCUGCUCGAUGCUAGGAAAUGUUGCAAUUGGUUGUUCAGUAUCAUACUAAUGAUGUUACCGGGAUGAAACGUUUCAUGAUAACAUAUAACGCUUGGUGUUAUAUCCAGUAAGAUUGCC